ACAGAGAGAGGGCAAGAAAAGAAAUGAAGAUUAUGAAACUGAAAAACAUUGUGUUUGUUGUGUUUGUGUGCAUGGUUUCAGGGUGCCUGAGUGCAUCUAUCAACGAGUCAUUUGUUGAGCUGAAAAAAUGCAACAUUUAUGAAGGAAAAUGGGUUUAUGAUGAGUCCUUCCCGCUCUUCGAUUCCUCAAAAUGCUCUGCCAUUCGCGGCCAAUUCAACUGCCUCAAAUACGGCCGCCCCGACCACCAGUUUCUCAAGUACAGAUGGCAGCCCAAUGCCUGCAACUUGCCUAGAUUCGAUGCCAGAGAUUUUCUGGCAAGGAUGAAGGGCAACCAUAUUAUGUUUGUCGGGGAUUCAGUGAGUGAGAACCAUGGGCAAUCACUUAUUUGCCUUCUUAAUCAGGCCGGUGCACCGGCCCAGGUUGUCGAGGCCGUAAGUGGCCGGACCCCGAACAACUUGGUCACCAAUGUUAAAUUAGAGGCGCAUGGAAUUACGAUUUCAAUUCUCCUUUCGCAUUAUUUGGUAGACAUCGAAAAUGAGAAAAUCGGUCGAAUUUUGAAGCUCGAUUCGAUUAAGGACGGAAACACAUGGAAGCAGGCCGAUGUCUUGAUCUUCAAUACCUGGCUAUGGUGGUAUCGUAAAGGCCCUAAACAACCGUGGGAUUAUAUAGAAAGUGAGGGAAAGAUAGUGAAAGACAUGGACCGCAUGGAAGCAUUUCGUAGAGGUCUUACCACAUGGAAAAAUUGGGCUGACUCAAAUCUUAAUCCUUCCAAAACCAAAGUUUUCUUCCAAGGGAUCUCUCCUAUGCAUUACAAUGGGGAAGAUUGGAAUGCGAGAGGAGUGAAAGACUGCUCUCGAGAAACAACUCCAUUGGAGGGUUCGACUUAUCCAGCCGGGGAGCCGUUAGCGUUAAAAGUGUUGAAAUCGGUUCUAUAUCGAAAAACAUCAUCAACAUCGAUGCCAGUUUCAUUGCUCGACAUCACAACUCUGUCUCAGUUGAGAAAGGAUGGGCACCCUAGCAAGUACAAUAACUUGGGUGGCAUGGACUGCACCCAUUGGUGCCUCGCAGGAAUCCCGGACACAUGGAACCAUUUACUAUACACAGAGUUGUUGCGCUAAAUAAGGAUCAUAUAUAAUAUAACUCACCCUAUUCUUACUA